ACUUGUUCUUUGUUUUAAGAACUAAGAAAAUGAAGACGAUAAUAGAAUGCUGUGUCUCUGCAAGUGCCACACGUGUCUGUGGCCUUUUGCCAUACAGAAAUUAUUCAUGUAAUAGCAUGCUUGCAACUUGUUCAGCAUCAUCCUCAACAACAAGAAGAACUUUAUCUCUUUCUCUCAUCUCCACCACUUUCUCUGCAUUCAUCUUCUCACUUUCUCCUCCUUCUUCCUCUUCUUCUUCUUCUUCUUCUUCUUCAAAAUUACCCUUUUCAAAGUUCUUUGAGAUCCCUGAUUCCGGUGGAGUUAAGGCUUUGGACCUCCUUGAUGGUUCAGGUGAAGUUCCCUCAGAUGGGGACCAGGUUGCAAUUCACUACUAUGGCAGGCUGGCAGCAAAACAGGGAUGGCGUUUUGACUCAACCUAUGACCACAAAGAUGACAAUGGCGAACCCAAUCCAUUUGUCUUUGUCCUUGGCUCUGGCAAGGUUAUAGCUGGAAUUGAUGUGGCAGUGAGAUCGAUGAAAGUAGGAGGUAUUCGUAGAGUCAUCAUACCUCCAUCACUUGGGUAUCAAAACACAUCACAAGAGCCAAUCCCACCGAACUUCUUUGACAGGCAGAGGUUGUUCACUACCAUUUUUAAUCCAACUCGCCGUGCAAAUGGAGAAGGCUCCACUUUAGGAACAGUUAUAUUUGAUAUUGAGCUGGUUAGCGUGAGGCAUCCGUGAAGUCAACAAAUAUGAUCCAACGUGGAAACCAGAUAUAUACUGUUAUCAUUAUUGGCAAAGAUAAUGCAUAAGCAUAUUGGUUUUGGUCUAUUAUAGUUUAUGGAGUUAUAUCAUGAUGUCUGCUGUGUAAUUAUUAGUUUUGAAGUGAUGGACCUAUAAUAUUCCUCGAACUCCUCAUACUUCGUAAGAGUGAAAAUGGAAAAGGUGGAAAAUAGAUGGGUAAAAAUGAGAUGUUAUUUAGACUUAUGAUCAUGGUGACCAACAUGUCAAAUUCACAGCAAUAUAUGGCUGACUGUUUUGGAAGAUUUUCUGCGUUAUAUGACUGACAUGUGGCUGUUGAAGAAAGCUGGAACAAAUCCUUUGCAUUUGAUAACUUGAACUUGAUUUGUAAAAGUUGCAUUGCACUUCAAUUGAGUGAUUGCUUGUAGUCCCUACUGGUAAACUUUGUAUAAUUAAACAUAAGCAAUGUGUCGAUAUUUUUCAGAAACAACGUUGUGUAUUUCAUCCAAGGGAGGUCUUCUUCGUGGUCUGAUUUGAUUUCUAAGUUGUUAGAAGCUCUCCCGCAGGCUGCAGAAGGUUGUAUGGUGGUGUACUCCUGGAGUAGUUAAUUUUUAACCUUGAUAUGUUGAAAUAUUCUUGAUAUCCUCAAUUUAUGUCGCAUUUGAGUAGUA